AUGUCCAUGAGGAGCCCCAUCUCUGCCCAGCUGGCCCUGGAUGGCGUUGGCACCAUGGUGAACUGCACCAUCAAGUCAGAGGAGAGGAAGGAGCCCUGCCACGAGGCCCCCCAGGGCUCGGCCACUGCAGCUGAACCCCAGCCUGGAGACCCAGCCCUGGCCCCUCAGGACGGUGCUGACCCCCAAGCUCCAGCCAAGGACUGUAGUUCUCCAGAGAGCAAUGGGUCCCCGGAACCCAAGAGACCAGGAGCCUCUGAGGCCUCUUCUGGAAGCCAGGAGAAGCUGGACUUCAACCGAAAUUUAAAAGAAGUUGUGCCGGCCAUUGAGAAGCUGCUGUCCAGUGACUGGAAGGAGAAAUUUCUGGGAAGGAACUCUAUGGAAACCAAAGAUGUCAAAGGGACCCAGGAGAGCCUGGCAGAGAAGGAGCUCCAGCUUCUGGUCAUGAUCCACCAGCUGUCCACCCUGCGGGACCAGCUGCUGACAGCCCACUCGGAGCAGAAGAACAUGGCUGCCAUGCUGUUCGAGAAGCAGCAGCAGCAGAUGGAGCUGGCCCGGCAGCAGCAGGAGCAGAUUGCUAAGCAGCAGCAACAGCUAAUCCAGCAGCAGCAUAAGAUCAACCUCCUCCAGCAGCAGAUACAGCAGGUCAACAUGCCUUAUGUCAUGAUCCCAGCCUUCCCUCCAAGCCACCCUCCUCUGCCUGUCACCCCUGACUCCCAACUGGCUUUGCCCAUUCAGCCCAUCCCCUGCAAACCAGUGGAGUAUCCGCUGCAGCUCCUGCACAGCCCCCCUGCACCAGUGGUGAAGAGGCCUGGGGCCAUGGCCACCCACCACCCACUGCAGGAGCCCUCCCAGCCCCUGAACCUCACAGCCAAGCCCAAGGCUCCUGAGCUGCCCAACACCUCCAGCUCCCCCAGCCUGAAGAUGAGCAGCUGUGGACCCCGCCCCCCCAGCCACGGGGCCCCCACGCGGGACCUGCAGUCCAGCCCCCCCAGCCUGCCUCUGGGCUUUCUUGGUGAAGGGGACGCUGUCACCAAAGCCAUCCAGGAUGCUCGACAGCUGCUGCACAACCACAGCGGGGCCUUGGAAAGCUCUCCCAACACCCCCUUCCGUAAGGACCUCAUCAGCCUGGACUCGUCCCCAGUCAAGGAGCGGCUGGAAGAGAGCUGUGUGCUCCCACUGGAAGAAGCCAUGCUGAGCUGCGACAUGGACGGCUCCCGCCACUUCCCUGAGUCCCGGAACAGCAGCCACAUCAAGAGGCCCAUGAACGCCUUCAUGGUGUGGGCCAAGGAUGAGCGGAGGAAGAUCCUCCAAGCCUUUCCAGACAUGCACAACUCCAGCAUCAGCAAGAUUCUUGGCUCCCGCUGGAAGUCCAUGACCAACCAGGAGAAGCAGCCCUACUACGAGGAACAGGCGAGGCUGAGCCGGCAGCACCUGGAGAAGUAUCCUGACUACAAGUAUAAGCCACGGCCCAAGCGCACCUGCAUCGUAGAGGGCAAGCGGCUGCGCGUGGGCGAGUACAAGGCCCUGAUGAGGACCCGGCGCCAGGAUGCCCGCCAGAGCUACGUGAUCCCUCCGCAGGCUGGCCAGGUGCAGAUGAGCUCCUCAGAUGUCCUGUACCCUCGGGCGGCAGGCAUGCCCCUGCCGCAGCCCCUGGUGGAGCACUAUGUCCCCCGGAGCCUGGACCCCAACAUGCCCGUCAUCAUCAACACCUGCAGCCUCAGGGAGGAGGCUGAGGGCACAGACGACCGGCACUCGGUGGCCGAUGGUGAGAUGUACCGGUACAGCGAGGACGAGGACUCAGAGGGCGAAGACAAGAGUGACGGGGAGUUGGUGGUGCUCACAGACUGAUCCCAGCUGGGGGGGCCCGGCCCCUUCUCCACUGGGGAAACCUCGCCCCCAACCUAUGACCACAGUCAGCUGACCUGGACUCUGUUGGUACUUGGACUUGGGUGUGCCCAGGAGAUGGGCAAAGCUGUGCACUUGUAGAUACAUUCCUGAGGGGACCUUCCCCUCCCCACCACCCCUUCAGGCACAUCGAGGAGCAGUUGGUCUAGGUGGGCAGGGCCUGCAUGUGGUGAGGGGCUGAGCUCCUCUGCUACUGGGGCGCCUGGCCAGAAGAUGCUGUAUGACCCUCCUCUCUUGCAGGUCUACCCACCUGGGGGUAUGGCAGCUACAGACCUGUCCCCCGUGGGGCCACGUGCUUUGUUUCCAUUCUUAUCCUGGCUGGACCAGCCAUUGUGUGGGACCAACACCCCCUCUCACAUGCCCCCAGAUAGUUCUUCUAUCACCA